GUUUCCGCGGCCGUCUUCUCCCCGUUCACAGUCGCCAAACUGUCUCUCCUUGGCCCCUUGGUCCUUGGUUUUCUCCCCUAAGCGAUAAUUUCUUGGCUCUGUGCCCUUAGCGAUACUUGGCUACUUGUCUCGACCGACAUUUAGCCUUCUGUCCCGAACGACACUUUGCCCUGACCUGACCUGAACGACGCCUGCCCUUCGAUCCUUUACCUCUCACCCUCUUUCUGAACCACCUUCACUUCGAUGCUCUACACUGCUCUCUUGGUCGCGCUCAUCGCACAGCGCGUCGCGCAGGUGCAGGCGACGGCUUGCAACGCGACGUCGCCCUGCCCAGCGUCCGCGCCGUGCUGCAGCGAAUACGGCUUCUGCGGGGAUGGUCACUUCUGCCUCGGCGGCUGCAACCCCUUCGCGUCGAACACGCUCGACUCGUGCAAGCCGAUGCCCUUGUGCCAGGAUGCGGAGUACUCCUUCCCGAACAACGACCGCAUCCUCUCCAACUCGACCCAAUUCGACGGCAACGCGACUGAGUAUGACUGGGUCGUCGACAAGGGCUCCAUCUUCAACACGAACCAGACCGGCGGCGAGCUCGCCAUGAUCCUCACCGAGGACAACGGCGGGACACGCAUCUCGUCCACGCGGUACAUGCACUACGGGACCGUCACCGCGAAUCUGAAAACCGGCAAAUGGGGCGGCGUCGUGACCGCGUUCAUCACCAUGAGCGACAUCAAGGACGAGAUUGACUGGGAGUUCCCCGGUGGCGCGACGACCGAGGCGCAGUCCAACUUCUUCUGGCAGGGUGUUAUCCCUGACUCCACGCACGGCGCGACACAAAAGGACCUCUCCGAUACUUUCGAGAAUUACCAUGCGUACACGAUCGACUGGCAGCCCGACCACAUCACCUUCUCCAUCGACGGGAACGCAGUGCGCACGGUCCAGGCCUCCGACUUCGUCGACGGCAACGGCGGGAGCCAGUUCCCGAACACGCCCUCGCGCAUCCAGCUCAGCCUCUGGCCCGCGGGCAUCGACUCGAUGCCGGAGGGGACCGUGCAGUGGGCGGGAGGCAUGAUCAACUGGGACGACCCCGACUACACCUCCGCCGGCCACUUCUACGCGCUCGUCAAGUCCGUGUCCGUCAAGUGCGCCGACCCGGAGACGCGCUCGGCGAACGACACGUCGUACAUCUACGAGUCGAACGCGAGCACGCCGAGCGUGGCGAUGAGCAAUCACUCGACGUUGCUGAAUGGCGCGGGGCGGACGAUGAUGGUGGGGGGCACGUCGAUGGAUCUGACGCUGGGGCUGGUCGCGGUGGGCGGGGCGGUGGUGGCGAUGUUGGUUUAGGGUGCAAGGGUGAUGGUAGUUGUGCGCGAGAAAGUGUGUGAAAGGGGAAUGGCUGCUUGUCGAAUGUUGGUAUGGGUUUGUGCUUUUUUGGAUGGGUUGUGCAUCUUGGGCCUCGCGCCACUCACUCGCUUUAUAUACCCUCGGGACUAGGUAGGGUGGAUAGGCAGUAGCAUACCCCAUGUGGUUAAUCAGUCUUGGAAAAUAAUGAUGGUCAAUCUUGCGCA